CACAGACGCAACUGCCAUAACCAAGAGACAUGACAGAGGAGCCAGUGACUGAUGUUGAACUAUACAACUAUGAAGGGUACUACAGUUCAGAAGUUAAUACUGCAUCACCAUGCAACUCUGGCAACACAAAGGCCUUCAGUGAGGUUUUCCUUCCAACCCUGUACAGCAUAGUCUUCAUCAUUGGCUUUAUUGGCAACGGCCUGGUAGUGUGGGUCCUGGUCAGAUACCGUCAAAAAUCCAACAUGACAGACGUGUGCCUCUUCAACCUAGCCCUAUCUGACCUACUCUUUCUUGUGUCACUCCCAUUUUGGGCUCAUGUUGCCAUGGCUGAGUGGAUCUUUGGAAAAUUCAUGUGUCACACCAUAACAGGUCUGUACAUACUGGGUCUUUACGGCAGUAUAUUCUUCAUGGUCCUUAUGACAGUGGAUCGUUAUAUCAUCAUAGUCCAUGCCCACAGUUUCAUUUCCAGAAAUCGGACAGUAAAAAUGGGUUUGAUUCUGGCCUCUUUGGUGUGGAUACUCAGCCUGUUUGCAGCUCUACCAAAUAUUAUUUUUGCCAAGGAGAACUAUGAGAAUAAUCGGACAUCAUGUGGAUAUGAUUUUCCAAGUAAAGGCUGGAAGUCAUUUACUUACCUUAUUCUGAACAUCCUGAGUUUUUUCCUCCCUCUAAUUAUUAUGGGCUACUGCUAUUCAAGGAUCAUUCCAAUUCUGCUCAGUAUAAAAACACAAAAAAGGCACAAAGUCAUUAGACUCAUUCUGGUUGUGGUGGUUGUUUAUUUCCUUUUCUGGACACCAUAUAACAUUGCCAUGUUCCUAAACUUCAUUCAGUUGCAAAGCUACCUGCUGUCUUGUGAGUGGCAAAAUGGUUUGGGCUUGGCAAUGCAAUGGGUGGAGACUAUCGCCUUCAGCCACUGUUGCCUUAACCCCAUCAUCUAUGCCUUUGUUGGAGAGAAGUUCAGAAGAGCAGUCUUUAAGGCCUUAAAAGAGCAGUUUCCAGUGUGCUUCAGCCAUUGCGCAACUAUAUCACGAGGGUUAUCUGAACGCAGAAGUUCAGUUUUCUCCAGAUCUUCGGAAUAUUCUAACACACGGAUUGCAUAGUGCACUGCUGGCGUGACUCAAAGUGAUACUGUUCAUUCCUCCAAAGUAGAAAUGAUUUUUCAUUCUGAGCAGCUUCUAUUUCUCCCAAUCCAAAAUUGCUACUUUUACUGAAUGUAUAUUGUAUCUACAUAAAGAUUUGAAUGUUUUUAUUGCUUAGUUUUUGAGUGUUUUGAUAAAAUAAUUGACAUUCACUACCGGUCAAAAGUUUUGAAACACUUACACAUUCUUUAUUAUAAUUUUUUUUCACAUUUUAGAAUAAUAGUAAAGUCAUCAAAACUAUGGAAUAACAUACAUGGAACUAUGGGAAUUAUGUUGUGACUAAACAAAAUCCAAAAUAAAUCAAAACUGUGUUAUAUUUUAGCAUCUUCAAAGUAGUCACCCUUUGCCUAGAAUUUGCAGACAUGUACUCUUGACAUUUUCUAAACCAACUUCUUGAGGUAUCACCCUGGGAUGCUUUUUAAACAGUAUUGAAGGAGUUCCCAUCUAUGUUGGGCACUUAUUGGCUGCUUUUCGUUAUUAUUUGGUCCAAGUCAUCCAUUUAAAAAACUUUUUUUUUAUUAAAUGUAAGUUUUAUAAUGAAAUAAAUUAAUAUGGUGGCACAAUUAUAUUUUUGUCUGCAAAACUAAUUUCAAACAUUUAAGCAUACACCUUCAGAUCAAAAGAUUUUUAAGAUCAUGAGAAACAUUUCAGUGAAAUGUUUCAAAACUUUUGACAGGUAGUGUAUGUUAAGUUUUAGUUUCUCAUGAUAAUGCAGAAGUUGAAGUUAGUGCUGUUGCAGAGGUUAAAAAUAUUCUUCUCUGUUUCUGUGUCAUUCUUACAUUUCAGAUUUGCAAAUGUUGCAGAUAAUACUUUUGAGAUGAAUGAUUUUGUUAGCAAUUUUUUAGUUUCAGCAGUUUCAACUUUCAAAUCUUUUUUUUUUUUUUUAAGAAAUAUACUGUAUUUAGCCUCUGUUUUAAGUUUUUCUUGUAAAUCUUUUUAGUGUGUUAUUUAGUUGGUUUCUUUGCAAUAAAAAAUAAAUAAAAAUACA